UUUAGUUUCAGUCGCACCAGUGACUCUUUUGCUAUUUCCUAACUUGACCGAAUCACGGUCGUAAAGUGAAUUUCGUGGCAGGGAGAGUUAAAUUUUUCCCGCACUUAUUAAAAUGGAGAACUACAUCAUUACGGGAAUUUUCGCAGUCGGCUUUUUUGUUUGCUACCAUAUAGCACAGUACAUCAAUAAUUUCCUUUUCUCCAAUAACAAUCUUCACGAUUUCCAAGUCACGAUCUAAAGUCAUCUCGUCCUUGAGUGGCGGAUAACAGACGAAAACACCAUGCCACCCACGGAUUCUAGAGUACCUACGGACGUCCCAAUUGUGUGGGUUUUGGGUGGACCGGGGUGUGGAAAAGGCACCCAGUGUGACAGGAUCGUUCAAAAAUACGGAUUCACUCACAUCUCCACCGGCGAUCUCCUGCGGGAUGAGGUGGCCAGUGGAUCCGAGAGGGGUCAAGAACUUACGGCUAUUAUGAAGGAAGGGAAAUUAGUGCCUACGGAUAUCGUAAUGAGCUUACUGAAAGAAAAAAUUGUAAAAGAAUUACCCAACACCAAAGGAUUUUUGAUUGACGGGUAUCCACGCGAGAAGGAGCAAGGAAUCCAAUUCGAAAGAGACGUAGCUGAAGUUUCAAUCGUCCUUUACUUCGAAGCCUCCGAUGAAACGAUGACACAGAGGCUUUUGAAACGAGCUGAAACAUCGGGCCGUUCGGACGAUAACGCCGAAACUAUUAAGAAAAGACUAGCAACCUUCCAUCAGAAUAAUGACCCAAUCAUUCAACAAUACGCGAGCAAAACGAAAACGAUAUCGGCGGAGCGACCUCCGGAUGAAGUCUUUGCAGAGGUGGUGAAAUACUUGGACGAAUUAAAGAAGUGAAAAUCCACUCUAAAGCGUUCCACUGAAAGUGCAAAACAUAAGGCCUCAAAGGGGAAAAAAUCAAAGAGGGGCUGUUAAGGAUCUGGUCAAGAACAGAGCCUGAUUAUUAUGAUCAUUCGGCAUAUAACCAGAUUCAGCUCAGCUAUAAAGUUUCACCUUCAUGUAGUUGUAGCUACGUAGCUCUGCAUAUACCUACACUUCUGAUACACUUUCGUCUCUAUCUGCAAUUUUUUAGACUAGUACAAACAUAAUAAUUCGCCACUCAUCAAUAUGUCUACAGUUUCGAGUGCCUCGGUACACCUUCUUAUGAAAUUAUUUUGCUUUAUUUCGGUGAAAUUGAUGUAAACUUAGGGUGACAGCGUAAGCUUGAGGUAGAUACGGUUUGCUGCAACAUAUGAUUGCUUUUUAGCGUGUCUAAAAAUGUUAUACUAGGGAAUGCGGAUAUACGUACGGAUUCAUGUUCCUAAUUAAGAGAAAAUAUGCAUUGUAAAAUUUAUUUGAAAUUCAGUUUGAAUGUUGAGAAUUUCAACACAAGGUGAAAAAAAGGUUACCAGUUUUCUAUUUAUGAAAAUUAAGAGUCAGAAAUUAAAGAUCUAUUUAUGUUUUUGCACAAUUAUUUUUGGAUGAAACUUUGUUACUGGAUUUGUAACACAGUAUUUUAAGUUAGUAAAUCACUAAGUACCUGCUUCCACAGAUAAGUAAUAGAGAAGUCGCAUAAAAUUUGUUCGGGUCAAAGUUGUUGGAUAAAAUUGUUAGGCCUGUUAUCGUGAAGUCUUUUCAGAAAAAUUUUGUCCCUCUUAAGUAAAAACAUUUAUUUUUUUAAUUCAUAUAUAAAUAUAAUAUUUAUUGUAAAUAAUGUAUAUGCUUUGAAAAUUAAAAAAA